AUGCUUGUCUUGGGGCCGCUUCCGGGUGCCCUCAUUGUUCGUGGAUGGUUUCUGAACACGCAUUGUGCCAUUAUCCAAGGCGACUUUCGCAGCUCGCAUGCCGGCUGCCAUUCCAUUGCGGACAUGGCCGAGAUGGCUUGCGGACUGUGGUUAAAGGAGGUCACGAGAGUCUUCUUCCUCGCGACGUACAUUAUUGUCUGUGCAUCGGGAAUAUUCGACACCUCGGUGGCUCUCGUCGCCUUGUCGAACCAUGCCGCCUGCACAAACUACUUCAUGCUGGUGGCUACCGCCCUGGUGUUUCUCAUGAGCAGUAUUCGCAAGUUUUAG